AUGGUUAAGCGUCUCAUUAUCAAAUUAGUCAUUGAAGUUGGCUCAACUGUUGCCAAGUCGUUUAUGAAGCCAUAUUAACAGAGUGCUAAAUGUAUGCAUGUGUAAAUUGAUUUAGAACAAGGAGGAAAGUCAGCAAAUCCAUUUAGCGAGUUUUUGAAUCAGACGAUGCAAGCAGCCAAUUUGACUCACAAAUCUAUGAGAAGGGAUGAAGCAUUUAAAAUAUUGCAAUUAACAGCUGAGAAGGUUAAUGCAGGGGAGAUAUUAAAAGUGCGAAUCGUAAAUAGAGGAAUAAGAUUUAUUGGAGACAGUUCCACAAGAACGAUCCAGUAAAGGGAGGCUCAUUUUAUAUUCAAUCAAUGGUACACAAUGCCAAAUGUGAGUUGAUGAAGGAUUUUCCAGAUGUGAAUGAGAAGGAGAUUUUGGAGAUGUUAAGGAGGAGGAGAGUUAGAAAGGGAAGGAGGAAGAGGCGAAGUAAGAGGAAUAGAAGGAAAAUUGAUUUUAUAAAUACUGUGUGUUGUGAAGAUUGA